AAACACGGCGAGCGUGGGCCUUCGGAGCCUCCCCGGGCAGGCCUGCUGCAGGAGGGGGGCACGGAGGGAGCAGCCCGUGGGGUGGCUGAGCCUGUCCCAGCCGGCAGCAGCGCCCUGCUCCCCGCAGGGCAGCCCCACGGGCUGUUUGCCAGGCAGACAUCCCAGCCAGUGGCACUUGGAGAGAAACGUUUUUCUCUGGAAAAAAAAUGGUUCUGGGUCUGGGUUUGGUAUAACAAGGACUGGGCUGCUGCGGCUGCCCAACACAGGGGUGCAAAGCCCUUGGGAUGGCCUGUGGUGCUCCCCCUGGUCUGCUGGGGUCCUCUGAUAUCCCUCAACCCCGUGGGCUGUCUCUGGUAGCCCAUGGUGCAACAAACAGCAGGUGAGAAGAGAUCUAUGCGUCCACAAAGAGCUGCGUUAUCUUCCAGCCACAUCAGACUCUCGGGACGGACAUCUCCUUACAGCAAGUGCUUUGCGCUGUGCCCGAGGGCUGCAGCAAGGACAGGCGGUGCUGGGCUCAGACAGCAGCCGGAGGGCACUAGGGAUGGGGUCUGGGCUCCUUGGGACCCGCCGGUGAUGGGAAGGGCAGAUUGCAGGCACCUGCUGCCAGCUGAUAAAGGACACUGCAGGCAGCCCCCCCCCCCCCCCCACCUGCUGCUGUGCCCAGGGAGAGCUGCUUCCCUGCCCGUGCUGUGCCCUGGGCUCUUCAGAAACCCUCCAGGAGCAGCAGGCUCCAUAACUACAUGUGGAUGGAGGAGUGUUUACCAGAAAGCAGGAAGCUGAAGAGAGGAAAUGUACAUGCUGAGAGGCAGCGUGUGAAGGUCUUCCAGGAACCAACAGACUCCAGAGCCUGGGGUCCUGCCGAACCCACAAGGACCGAUGAGUUAGGACAUGGUCAGACAGAUCUGCAUGAGGCACGCAUGCCAUCAACAAUGGUCAUAUAACUUGGGCCACAUCCAAGGUGUGAGCGGCUCUUGUACACAGACAAGGAUUACAGGAUUACGCAUGCAUCUGCAGAAGCAAAUGGGCUGUCUGGGCAUUGACCCAGAAGCCACUGGUAAUUCGGUACGACCCGCUCUAUCUGAGAAAACGCCUGUGGUCAGCUUUCCCCUGGAUAAAAAUGAGUGACUGCAUGUGCGAACCAUAAAAAUAAUUGAAUUUACUGUCUGAGUAGUUACCUGUUACUAAUUUAUUAUAGCAGCUUAAUAAAAGGUAUGCUAACAGAUAUUGAUUGAUCUGCUUGUCCAUAGACUAGAUUGUAAAUUGCCUUUUCCCUGAUACGCAGCACUUAAACUCGAAGGGGAAAGACUUCUGAAGAUGCCUGCCUUUGCCAUUACCCAUCACUCCGUGUAAUUGCUUAGAGAAGUCUUUUGCAGCCUCACUGCUUGUGUUCUUUGCUGCUGCCUGCCUCUGUUCUGGUACGUGAUGUUCUAGGAGAAUUUCAUGGUGCUCUGCCGCUUCAGGAAGACUUCUCACUCUGAUUCCCUUGAGGUAGCAUACAGUGAUUAUAAAUGAAUUACCCUUUGAUGUGCCUUUGGUGAGGUCAGGUGUACUAAAGCAAGGCAGAAAUGAACAGACACAUUAAUGAGACAGAAGGUCCCUAGAAUUUCAGACUGUGAUUUCAGACUAUGUGAUUAGGAUAAAUGUCACCUGUUCGCGUGGAGCUUUGAAACAGUAAUGUUGUAAAGGAGAUGCAGACUCAUGGCCCAAGAAGGCCAUCCAUGUGCAAUGCCUUGUGUGUCACACACUACACUUAUGUGACUUUGCAACCCACAACACCUCCUCCAUCACUUAGAUUGGGGCUGCAAAUUGCCCAUUGACACAAAUCCUGACACAAGCUGUUUGAAGAGGAAGUUCGAGUUAAUGGCUGAACAUGUUAUAGCCUCUUGUGAACCUGACACAGGCAGAACCUGCAGUUGUUGGGAGGGCUGGUGGUUGUGUUGUCCAAUAAAAGUUGUCCAAUAAAAGGUUUGGAUUUGUUACCUGGUGUGCAAUAAGCCAGCCCAUGCACUACAUCAAGAUAUUGUUUAUUUCAGACCUGUUCAAGUCUGGGUACCAGGUGGUUUCUUGCUAAGCUGGCACAUCUAAAGAUUUUCGACACCCCACUUUAUACAAUCUCUUAUCAGUACAUUUGCAAGUUAGUACAACCCUUUAACUUCUAAUUGGUUAUGUAAUUAGCAUCCUGCUGACAUGACAAGAUUGCUUUGCGCAUCCUCAGAGGGGAUGGGUCUCUUGUUGGGCUGGGGUCUCUCAACCUAGGGGUAUUAUCUUUAAUAUUAUAAUAAGGAUAGUUCAUAUUAUAACAUUCAUCAUUGUUUUUCAGCCAAUUUUUUUGAACAAGUUAAUUAUUAACAAACUCAAGGGUAUGCGUGUUGCAUUCUUCCUUAAAAAAUGGUCCUCUUGAUGAAAUAGUUUCUUAGUUAUUCAUCCUUCAAGGCCUGGGUCAUCUGUGCCCUUGCCUUGAAGUACAUAUUUUACAUCUCUUCAUGUGAAGCAAAGUUAACAAAACAAAAUUAACCACCUACUGGCAUCUGCUGGAGUACACAUCUGAAAGAGGUCUCUCCUGCUCCUCCAGCAGGUGUUUCAGCAGAGAAAGCCACGGGCAGUGGAUCGAGAAGGAGGAGGGAACAAUGUUCUUUUUCUACAAAUAACUAUGAGGUAUAAACUAUCUCUGUGGCUUCUGAAAUCAAAAUGCAGACUGAAACUCUUCAGGAAAUGGAGAAUUUUUUACAGGAUGGUUUCAGCUACCAUUGCAAGACUUCAGAAAUAUUUGGUGUUUCUUGUGUUAAAGUGCUAUAAUUUUGCAGUGAUGGAUGGUUUUCCAGAAGAUUUGACACAGGAGAAAGGUACUGAUGUAUUUAAAUGAAUAUUGAACAAUUAUGAAGUUCAGCUAUGCUUUCUGGAGUCUAAAUGUAAUUAUUGUUCAUGGACUAGAAAUGAUGCUUUGAUUUUUUUUUCCUCUCUAUAUCUUAGACAAAAGCAGAUGUGCCCUUUUGGGUUCAGGGCUUUUAACUCUAUUUAGAGAGUCUACAUCAAAAUAUUAUAAUAAAGAUCACAUGGGUGAGUGAUAUGUUUCAGAUGUUGAUGGCCUGGGGCCAGCUCACAGUUGAUCGUUGUUGUGUAGCCACUCCAUGGGCAACCCAUUUCCCUGUUGGGAACACAGCGUUCUGGGAUACUUCCUGGUUUUGCUUAAAAGAAAAGACAUGAGUCAUGCUGGAAGGCAAUUAAGAAACAGAUGAAAUGAAACUGAUAGCAAAGGCUGACUUACAUAAUGCCCCCAUUAUAUUUCCAAAUCUACUUGUGAAAGUUGGUCGAGUUUUUCAGAUUUGUACCUUUUCAAAGUUUCUGAUGAUUUACGUUUGUGGGUAUUCAGACUGUGUUAUGGGAAGAACUAAUAGAAAAGAGCAUCAACAGAAGGAAUAGACAGGAGGCAAAUGAAUUUCCAACUUAUCUGAAGCAAGGCUAUGAGAAACCAGUCUAUUAAAGAAUUCUUCAAACCAAUUUUAAAACAAGACCUUGGCCAUAAAGACAGAAGUGUGUUGUGCUCCUCAGACACGACCUAUCUAAAAGAUGCAGGAAAUGGACUGUCGGUUCUAAGUGCUGAACGUUUUGAGAAGAAAAUAUCUUCUGCAAAGAAGGUUAAAAGAAAAAAGAUGCCAGACCAAACACCAAACACGAGUCCUGUGUUAGAUGCCUUUCGGAGAGGAAUUGAGAAAAGGGGCAACGUAGACAUGCUGGAGAACAACGGAGUGUGCAAGUCACUGGGUUCAGUAUACCCAAGGGUUGUGGUUCGAAAACUCCUUGUUAACUCGGGUUCUCCCAAACGUCUCUUGGCCAAAAACGAUAAAGCUAUCAAGACAGACCAGGGAAGAAAUGAGAAGUAUCUGGGUGUAACAAGAACACCAUUGUCUUGUGGAAAUAGUUGGGAACAGAAAACUGAUUGUGUGGAUCUAGAAGAGACCAGUUCAGACUCUGACAAAUGGGUUUCGUUACCAGAAGCUGAUACUCAGAAAGCCUGUGGUAGAAAUAACGGCAACACGUCGCUGUGUCAAAACUCGGGGCUUCCCACGAACUUGCCGUGCACUCCACCUGACUCCAAAUUGAGGUUAGCACUGCACAGAGGAAGAAAGCAUAAGAAACGUAGGGUCAAACAAUCUAAGGCGCAUCCCGUAAUGCCGUUCUCAGGAACAAGUGUGUCACAUCAGGAAAAUGGAUGUCAUUUAAGAAAAAUAACACGUUUUGGUUCGAGGGAGACUGCCUCAGAUGACCCAACCCAAGCAAAGCAGGUUUUAAAACAUGAUAUUCUCAGUGAAUUUGGGGAUGAUACCUCAUCCAAGAAAGCUGCCAGUACGUGGGAAAGCCAGUCUGUUCCAUCAGCCGGCCUUCAAUCUAAGACGUCUUCUGGGCCAUCCGAACAAAUAGGCUGUCCUGGGAAAAGAAAACGCGCUACGAUGAGUGUGGAUGCAAAUGGUUCUGAAGUAACAAGUUUGAGCGACCCUGCUUUCAGUUGGUCAGCUCAAAAAGGCAAAAACAGAAAGCCUACUUUUGUUAAAAACAUUGGCUUAAAGCCUCUUUGUAGUGGUGUUCUGCAGCUAACGGAGGUUGCUGCUCUACCUGGACCUGAUUCUGCUUGUUCAGAGGAAUACCUUGUCUCAAGCAAUGAAAAUGAGAAAAGUAAUUGCUUCUCUGUAGAUUUGUCAUCAUGUUCUGCACAGAGUCCUGAUGAAAAUAACCAAGUUUCUCUUGCGGAUACCAAAGAGAAUCAAUUGCAGGUGGCCAACUCUCACUUUUUCUUGGAAAAGUCCCUUCCUUCUCAGGAGAAAAGUACUGCAUUGCCUUCCCUGUACCACAUAACACAAAGAGAAGCUGUGUUCACAAAAGCUGUGGAAUCUCAACACCACACGGCUGGCUUAUCUUGGGUAUUAGAUGCUAAGAUGGAGCAAGAUGGGAAAGGACCAAAAAGACUCAAUAGAGCUGAUAAUGUUGAACCCAGCAACGUUUUUUCAAAACCAAAAGAAAAUAGUUCAGAAAAUGCUUCCAAUUUUUGUUUGGUGGAAGGUUCUGGGAAACUUACAGUCUCAGAAGAGACUGGUGGAGGGUUUCCCCGUUUGUUGCCUUUUCGAGAAGAGUACGAGGACAGCAACCAUACAUCUUCGCAACUCUCACAAGAGUUAGAAGUUGAAAGCACCUGUACAGAGAUGUCGAAGUUGAAUGGAAAAUCAAAAAGCAGCUUCGAUAGUGAAGAUGAGAGUUUGGAAUGUGCUCUAGAUGACGAUGAUGAUGACGAUGAACCAUUCGUGGCACUGCAAGAAAUUCUGUUUUCAACUCCCAGGUCACAGACGGAAGCCUCGGAAGGAGACUGUUCUGACAGUUUUUCUCAGGACACCGUGGCUCCAUUACUGAAACUUCAUCUUUCUAAGACUCCUGUUGUUAGCCAGGUGUCAUACGUGAACAGCUUGGAACAUCUCUUGAAGGAGAAAGAAGAAUCUAAAAGAUUAGAUGAACUAGAAAAACGGUUACAAGAAAACAUACAAGAAAAGGAAAGUGAUUCUUCAGACAGAGAAGAUGAGAAUGUCACUGGAGAUGAAGACCUCUCAGAAGAACACAGGGCAUUUAUAAAGAGAUUUUCAGUAACAGCUCGUGCCAUACCCGACUACCACCCUGGAGAAGACAUAUUUGAUUUAACAGUCUCUGGGAAAAUCUUCAAUCAGCAUGACCUCGACUUGAGGAAUUUUUAUUUCAUCCCUCAAAAUCCUAUAGAAAAACUCCUCCUUAGUUCUGACGUAACACAGCAGCUUUUUCUAGCUCUUCAUGGUUUUCUAAGUUCUGCUUACAGCUGUAGUUUGUGUCCCACACCAAUUCUGAAGUGGCUUUUCUGGAUGAUGUCUGUUCAUCCUGGCUAUUGUGUUUCCUCGCAGAUUUUAAACAGAUUGAUUGAAAUAACACUAAAAAAUGCUUCCAUCAGUGAUGAACAGUCUAAACCCUGGAUACCUUCACUAGCUGAUGUGUCAACUGUUUUUGUCAAUAUGGGUGUUACGUUUGCAUUUCUCUUUCCAUUGGAGCAUCUGCAGCCCAACUUUAAUGAGUGUGAUAUUUUGAGUCAGAUGCAAGGAACAGUGAGCAAACGGCAACCAAGAGGAUAUCUCUCCUCUGCCAGUCCAGCCUUCACCAGUCUACCGGAAAACAAUCUAAUUAAUGUAAUCAAGUUUCUAGAUUUCUGUACAACGGUAGUCGAAGGUGGAUAUACAGACCAAGAAAUAUUGCUGCUGCUUCUAUUGCUAUUUAAAAUAAGCUUGGAGAAACAGCUAAAGCAAGUUCCUUUGAUAGAUUUUCAGUGCCUUUUCAUAAAGCUUCUGAUAAGUAUAAAAGACUGGGAUACAAAGAUGCCUGAGCUGUGUCUGGCAGUGAGUGAACUCUCCAGUCAGCACCAUAAUCUUCUGUGGCUGGUUCAGCUGGUCCCUAGCUGGAUAAUACGUGGACGGGAAGUAAGAAGACGCCUUAGCCUAGUGAUAAUUGGAAAGCUUCUUAAUAAAAAGCAUAUAAGAAUACCUGAUGACAGCGACAAGCAGAUGUGUCUUCUGCAUCAGUAUCUGGUGUACAUGAAACCUUCUAAUCUACUAGAGAAGAUGAGAACAGAUGAGCAGCAGAAUGUCAGUGAAGACCACCUUCAUACAGAACUAGAACAGGAGGUGUACUACCUAGUCUACAUCCUCCUUCAUCUAGUCAGUGAAGCUAGCUUCUUUGACACUGUAAAUUCCAAUCAAAGGCAACACUUACUGAAGCUCUGUGGUGCCUUAGAUAAGCACAUAAAAUGUGAUAUUAGGGAAGAUGCAAGGCUGUUUUAUCGAACUAAGGUAAAAGACUUGGUUGCUAGGAUAUAUGGCAAAUGGCAAGAUAUGAUACAGACCACUCUGCCUACUCAGGGAAAACUGCAUGACUUCUGGGAGCCAGAUUCAUGAGAGCUUGCCUAGUUCAGGGAAAUAACAGAAAAAAACCUGAAACCAAGGAAGAUGCAGAAUGAAUGGAGCUUCAACUUGGUUGGAACACAAGGAACCAGUCCCCUGAAUUAGAACUUGAGCUUGAUUCAGGCCAACGUUAAGACACAGCGAUUCAAUUUGAUUAUCGUUGUUUUUACUACAAAUACGGUACUUCAGACAAAUUGAAGUGGGUAAACUGAAAAAGUAGCUAUUUCUAUAGCCCUGUCUGGAUUGCCCAGAUGUAUUUUAUCAUACUGAAAGCUGAGGGAAGUUUCUCAUUUCCAUUGCUAAUCACAAGACGUUUUUGAAAACAGUAUGCAUCAGUUUUCUUGCCAGCACACACCUGUAAGCAUUGCUUUAGGAUGUCUGGGAAAGAACUGCCCUGUGAUGUGAAAUGUGAGUUGAGAAAACAGUAUUAGACCUCCCCUGUUGGGGGCAGGUGGGGAAGCUCAGUUUCACUGCGAGCUGAAUAACAGAGUUGCCUGCACGUGUUAAUCUGCAAAGCAAGAAUUGGUAUGACCGGCCGGUUUCUCUAAAUAAGACAAAAUACAGCAGUCACAUGUGAACAAGUGACUAUCUCAUUUGCCUGAGGGUGGAGACAGAGCUGAAGAGUGGCUGUACCCGAGCAACCUGUGGACACUUCUUUGCUCUGUGGUUGUCUUUUAUCAAGUAAGAGAAUUUGUUAUUACAGCGAUGCGUUCAUUGUAACUUCCUCAGGCACUGAUUUACGUAUGCAGUGUAUGUGACUGAACAGAAGGAAAGUGAUUCUCCAAGACCAUAUUGUAAAUGAGAUCUUAAUACACGAGUACUAUUGUUGUAUUCCUCUUUAAGAAACAAACUUAAUUUGUUAUCUGGUUUCAGUGCUUUCUCUAAACAGAGAAAAUAACUAUUUCUGAAAUACCAAGUCAAUGGAAAUUUGAGGAGAUGAGCGUUUGGCCCAUGCAUGUAGAAAUAACUGUGAAAGCUGUAUGAGGUCUGAAUUCCUUUGUGCAAAGCCUUGCAGCACACGCAGCGUGUGCUCAGAGCUCCCUGAACUUUGUGAAGUAAUCAACCCAAGAGGUAAUCUCCUUUUGUGCUUUCUGUGUAAAUGCCAUCGUUUAAACACUGUUGUGUUUGUGGGGUGUGUGUGUGUGUAUGAACAGAAAUGUAAGGUAUCGCGUAAAAGCACUGAAUGAGAGUCCCUUAACAACUGAAAUUUUUAAUAACUACAUGUGUGUUUUAUAGUACUGUUUCCUUUUAAUUUUUAUAGAUUACCUUGUCUUGUAUGAUAGACUUGCUACGACUUUACAAAAACGUAAAAUAAGGCUCGAAUUCAAACAAAAAAUACAAAUUUAAGUAUGUUACAUGUUAAGGAACUGCGCUAGAUUGGACACAACCUAGAGGGAAGGUAUUUUAUUUGCAAAUCUUAUUCAAUGUUCUGUCUUUCAUUUCAAAUGUUACUGAGUUAGCCUAAGUCUGCAGCUGUACCCUUCACAGGAUAAUCAUCUUAACAACAACAAGAAUUACGUGUAUAACAUUAUUCAGGGGAGAAGAAAAAUCCCUUUUUUUAAUCUCAACAUGUUGUUUAAGAAUUGGAUGAGUCUACCUCAAAGGGUAUCUUUGACAAUAGAACUGUUUUAGGCUUAAAAAAAUGGUGUGAUGGUAUACAGUGCCAUCCUUUGCUCUGCUCAUCUUUCGUGGUGUGUCAGCCUUCCCUCUGGUAGCAUUUGCUUACUACGUUGAAUAUAUUGUAUGUGAUUUUAUUAAUGUGUAUAUUUUUUCUCACUAAUGUUGUAUAAAGUUUUUAAAAGUACAGAAUAUGUUUCCUGUAUGUAACGUGUAUAUAUUUUCUUACCAUGUAAAGUUGACUUUGCAGUCCUGUAUAUUUUGAAGAAGGAAAGGGUUGGGGUCUAGAUCGACACCUCUUUUGUACUGCAGUUCAGAACACAUUGAAACUGCUGUGCUUUUUUUCCCAUACAAAAUAACCACUCUGAUAUGUACUUAUAUUUAAUAGACCAACGGAAAAUAAAACCAGACAUGGUUUUCUAAUUAAACGUCUCUGCACAAAAUGGGAAUGCAUCAACUGUGUUUCACAAAGAAAUGGCUGCAGGUCCUAUUUUGGUCUUACUGCAGGCAUUGUAGUUCAGAGGUUCACAGCUGAUUAGCUUACUAUAAAUGGAGAAAGUCCUGAAGUAGUUCUUAGCUCAGCCAGUUCUGUGUUUUCAUGCUUAAUGUCUGUGUAUACGUUCUGGCAUUUCUCCUCUCUCUCCCAUCCCCCUUUGUCUGGACUUGCUUCCAUCUGUCUUGUAGCUGAGUAAUAAUCCCCCAGUUGCUGAAGUCUAGACGCUGGCUGAAUUGGAGCUCACCGGUGUCCCUACAGAGAUGAUCCCAGAGCAUCGCUGCAGAGUCUUAAAGGGACUGCUGAGCUGAGUACUGCUUCAGGACUGGCAGUGAAAUAGCAAACCUGCUGCCGUUUUGUGUUUUGCUGACUCAUUUACUGGCCCCCAGCCAGAAGUUACACGCAUUGAAAAAGGCUGUUUGCACAGUAAAUGUCUUAACUGCUUUGGUUGUCUUCAGAUAAGCAUUUUUGCACUGAGUUUUAUCUUGACAUUAUGUUGGUUGUACUAAGAACCAUGUUAUCUCCUUUCAUGGACAAUUAGGUGCACUUUAUUGCAGUAAUCACAGACAAAAAAUUAAAGGCUGCCUAUAAAAUAUA